AUGGUGAUGUACGAAGUGCAUUCUCAUCCUGUCAGGCAAAAGUACAAGACUCACAUUUGUAGCAGAGCGACUCUCUUUCAAUUUUUUGCCAUCAUUCUUACAUUUAUACCACCUCUUAUCAUCGCGUAUGUGACUCACGGUAAGCAAAAACUAAACUUGCAGCUGGAUUUUAGAUCUCAGCGACCCCGAUCUUAGCUUUAGGUAUAUACUAACUUACUUUUUGCCAUGUUAAAUCGCAGGUUUUUGGCUUAAGGAAAGUUCUUAUAGAGAACAGCCUGAUGUAAGAUUCAAACAUGAAAUUCUCCUGAUAGUUCAAGGGAAUACCCCUGGUUCAUUUCUGGCCUACAGCACCUUUCAAAAUUUUAACCAACUUCUUCAGCAAAAUCUUAGAAUUCCCCUCAUAAAGGUAAGCAUAACACUCAAACGGAUUAUUAUUGUGCACCAUAUUUGCAAAUUCACAAAUCCCAAUCAUUUAGUUCUAAAUAAAGACAACAUCUUUAUCUUUCAAGUCUUGGGAAAAGGAUGUGAACCUGGAUGGAAAGUAUGACAGCCUUCACUUUAAUAUCGAGGUACCUCUGGCAGACUCUGAGGCAAUACACUCUGUACAGUUGUUGCUGAUAUUUGAUUAUCAACUUCAUGUAAGUGAGAUCUUGAAUUUAGACAGUACAGGCCAUCUCCGGGGGGGUUAAUUGGGUUAAUUUUUGCUGUGUGCCACUGGCCUCUAAGAGCCCCUCCCCAUUGUAGUCUAUUCUAUGGUCAUAUUAUAGACCCCAUCUCAGUCACUUUGGGAUAAAGGUAAUUUUCACAAUCCCAACUUAGUCACUUUCUGUUUAUGCAUCUACCUUAUAAAGCCUUUCGCAAAAUGAACUGGCACAUUUGUUAAACUUGAUGUGGUGUAAAUAUUUCUUUUUCACAUUCCUUAAUUUUCUGACCCCAAAAUCCUGAAAAUGUGCAACCCCAUAAUAGUCAAUCCAGUCCUGAAAAUGCAACCCCAUCUAGCCGCACAUACCCAUUAGCCUACUAAUAAGAAGCCCCCCCCCCCCCCCCCCCGAGGCCAUCCUCUCUUAGAUGAGGGUAGAUGAGGGUCCUAAUAGGGUUCUUUACUCCUGUCAUCCCAACCCUACCCUGCGAGCAGAGGCCCUCCGAUCUUCCUAGAUAAGUACAGAAGAGGAAGGGCCUCUGCUCGCAGGGUAUCCCAACCCAAGUUUUCCCUCAAUCCCGUAAUCCUGAUGGUUAUUAAUUUUGCAGUAUCCUGCAUCCCGUGUAUACAUGUGUACUUUCAAUCCCGAAUCUCGCCCCCAGUAUCCUUUGAAAUCCCGAAUUACCGGAAUUCAAAUAUGGUGAAUCCCAAAUCCCAACCAGUUGUGUCUACCUCAUAAAAUGUCAAAGAAAAGGACUAAAGAGUGGUAGAGACCAAAUCUAAAUGUCUGUUUUGGAAGGCAUGCAUUCAGAGAGUGUGGCUUGUGCUGUGUCUACUUUUUUUUCAUGUCAGUGGGCUGGUAAAAUGAAGGGAAAUGGAGGGAUGAUGCCAGUUGCAUACCUCAAAUCAAAUAACUUUGAUUGGGAGCGAAAGUUUCUUUCUGGUUCUGUUCAGAUAAUUUGUUGCAUUGUCAUGGUUAUCUGAAAAGAACCAGAUAGGUCAAACUAGCAAAGACAUCAACUUUUAAAUUCUUUAAUAGUUACUAGCAAUUCUGCUCUGGUCACCAAUAGACACAUCAAGCCUAUUACCAACCAGAAUUGUGUGGUUCCAGAAAAUAUCCUUUCCCUUCAGCCCACUUCAAAGGAAAUUGGAGAUUCUGGGGAGGUAGGAGGCCCAGGGAAUUCCAGAUAGUAGUGAUGCAUUUUCAAACUUAAAUGCCAUAGUCAGAUAAUCUAAUAGUUUUCUCUGUUUUUUCCAUUGGUCUCUUGCGGAUUAGUUUGCACAGUCUGACAUUUUAGAAGCACUUGUCUUUUCUGUAACACCCACAACUUUGUUGUCCCUUAUGUUUUUUUAUGAUUGUUUUCUUAGAAAUAUGUUAGCCUGCAGAUGGAGAGCAUAGCCUACAUUUACUACUCAUCUCCUUUGGCAGGAGCACAGUUUUCUACAACAGGACAACUCAGAUUACAACAAUCUUCUCCUUUACCUCAUAAAGGAAUUCAUAAUGUCUAUAAUGUAAGUAAAUGGUGUAUGAUAGUAUGAUAAUAUUGUAAUAAUGUUCAAAUUGUUAAAUACAACACUAUUUGAUGUUAAUAAUGUAUUGCUGAUUACAGAUAUCGCAUGAUCUUGUUAAAGCAUUUAACAAGAAAAAUUAAGCUGAGGAGGGUAAUUCAAAUGCAAUCUAAUUUAUUCAAACCUUAACUCUAUUAACAACUCUGACACUUUUAAUGGUUUUGAUUCUUGAUGUCAGAAACAUCAAACUGUUGAAAAACGUUCCUCAGCUUAAUUUUUCUUGAUUACAGUUAGUAUUAUUUCUUAAUUAAAUCUAUGCACUGAUAAAGUUAAUUCAAUUUGCAUUAUUUUUAAAUAAAAGUUCUAAUCGGCCUACUAGGUUAGUAAAUAAGUAGAUUUUUGUUUAAAGCUUGUUUAUUUUUAUUUAGAUAUAAUUUUAUUAAUCUUAUCAAAGAUACUGCUUGUAGAAAAACUUUACCAGCUUAUUAGGUCUGAAUAUUAAUAUUUUUUUAAUAUGUAGUUAAAUGAGAGUUUGUUGUUCUUUGUUUGUAAAACCCUAACUUGCAACUUCUCUGAAAGUGAAACAUGAGGUUCAUGAUCCCUCUAGGUCAUUGAUUGAUUUCACUUUCUUACUUAUUGGUGAUUUAAAUUUUGAUUUUUGUAGGUCUCGGUUAUCAAUGGUACAAGCACAAAUGCUCAGGCAUACAACUUGUAUGACAUUUUUGCAAGUUAUGUUCAGCGAAAUGGUAUGUCCAAAUUGCAGUAAAUGGUCAAGAACCAUUUGGAUAUUUUUGUAUUUAAUCUUGUCUCUGUUUUGUUUCUCAGACAACACAUUAUUUAGCAUUACCUUGGUGUGCUUCAUGGAGUUGAACUAGUUUGUCUUAAAACUUAUGAUGGAGAUGAUCCAGUAAUGUUUUGCCUCCGUCACUUAAUCAACCCUUGUAUGUCACCAAAUAUUGGCCGAAUUUGUACCAGAGAUGAAUUAUCAGUCUGAGACGAAUUAUUCACGAGUCUCAGACAGAUAAAUCAACUACAGUAGAUAUAAAUCCAGUGUUUAGAUGAAUUUUGGCCCCAAAUUUUUCUUCACUUGAUUUGUCUGAGCAGGUAUUGUAAACGUACUGAUAAAAGAGGUGAAUUUGGAGCCAAAAUUUGUCUCAACAGCGGAUUCACAGCGUCUUCACUUGAUUCAUCUGCCAUCAGUUCUUACAGAUGUGCUGUCUGACGAUACAAAUUUAGGGCCACAAUUUGUCUGAACACAGGACUUAUAUGUACUAGAUGAUUUUAUCCUUCUCAGACAGAUAAUUAUUCAUCUUAGAUGUCGAAUAAUAAUUAUUUGUCUCUAGAAUAAAUUCAGCCAUUGUUGCAUCACAGUGUAAGCAACAUAAUUAUUUGCUUGAUAUCUUGUGUAUGUACAAUGUACACUUAUUCUAUAACUAUUUGUACUGAUGAUUUGAUCCUUUCUGGGUUUUGCUAGUCACCACAGAGUAUGCAUCAGAUUAUCCAGUGUGGACAAGUGGGCGUGCCACAGGGCAACCAUUUGCAUUACAAGGAACUGUGUUCUAUCCAGAAGAGAUCAUCAUGUAUCCUUUUGAUACAAACAAUAAUGUGAUUGAAUUUCAAAGGAAUGAAAGUAGGUAUUUAUUUAUCAAUUUAGCUUUGAAAUGGUAGAGAAAUCCUGGAUAUUUUGAUUGGUAACUCUGUUUGUCAAGGGAAAGACAGGUUUCACAGGUCCUGGAAAUCCUGGAAAGACAGUUAAGCAGGGUAUACAAUAAUUUAUUUUAUUCCACUAUGUAAUGUCUUAAAUAGUGUCUCUUUUUUGACUGAAAGCCUUUCAAAGAGUGUGAAGGUUGGUGGUGACUGGUCUACACUAAUUCCAUGAUUCAAGUUUUAAAAAAAAUCAAGGUCAGGGUUUAAAGGCCUUACUGGCACAUCUCUAACCAAACUUGCCUUGCAUGUACCUCCAGCCCCCCCAGCAGUACACCUCCCUCCCCCCAUCAUUGUUCAUCAUUUUUGAUCCUUCACUUCAAAUCAAGAUACCGACCAGGCUUCUGGCAGCUUAUCAAGAUGGCUUGGAUUCAGUACCUAGCAAUCUUGUUGAUUUUCCUCUUUGUAUUUGGUAGAGUUAAGAGAUUUGUAUUUGAAAACCAGGUGGUGACCACAGUACCUUUGAAGAUUGAGAAAGAACAUCAAGAAUGAUAUAAAGAUAGUGGCAUCCUUCCUUUUCAAGGUGCAAGUCAGGGCUGAGUUGUUCAAAGCUGGGUUAAGAUAACCCAGGGUUAGUUCGACAUUUGAAUUCAGAUUUGAAAGCUUAAAAAGCAUUUCAGUUUUAAUUCUUUUUGUCUACAAGUUGAUGAUUGGAAGCUCUAAAAAUAACAGGGAAAAUUAUCGGAGAAAAUUCUUUUGAACAAGAGAAAAAGAAACGCGGGUUAAAUUUAACCCCGGCUUAAGCAUUAAUCGGCCUUCGAACAACUCGGCCCUGAAGUCUAAAGAGCAAUUGUUGCAAAGUUAAGCUCUUGUGUUUUGCUCUUUGCUACUUUGCUGUUGGUGCUAAACAGGCC